AUGUGGAACGGCUUCCCUGCUGUUAGUAAUUUCUUCAACAAUCAGCAAAAUGCAGAUGGUGUUAUCUUUAGUUCCUUACAGGUGCUUGCAAGUGAAGAGGCAGCUAUGUUUUGUUGUAUUUUAUGGAGUAUUUGGAUGCAGCGAAACAACAAAAUAUGGAACGAAGUGGUUGACGCGCAGGUAUUUGUUUUUGAUCGUGCAAAGACUAUGUUGCAAGACUGGAAAUCAGCAAAACUCAUUCGGGGAGCUUCAUCUACCCAUCAACAACGAGCGCAUAAUGUCAAAUGGGUGAAGCCAAGUCCAGGUCGAUUUAAAUGUAAUAUUGAUGCAUCGUUUUCUGAGGUUUCAAAUAUGGUUAGAAUAGGAAUGUGUAUCAGGGAUGAAAAUGAUACUUUUGUUCUGGCUAAACAAGUACGUUUCAGCCCCAUUUGCGAGGUGCACAUUGGUGAAGCUUUAGGGCUUUUGGCUGCUUUAGAUUGGAUGCAUAAUUUAAGCUUAGGACCUGUGGAUUUUGAGUUGGAUGCGAAGAGAGUGGUUGAUGGCUUUAAUUCCCUAAAUUGUGAUGUCACUGAAUUUGGGAAUAUUAUUGAACAUUGUAAAUCUCUCUGUAGCAAUUUUUAUGUAAACUCACGUGUCGAGUUUGUGCGGAGACAAGCAAACGAGGUUGCUCAUAACUUAGCAAAAGCGGCCUUGUUAUCAGCUAGUUCCCAAAUAGUGGUAGAAAUACCAUAUUGUAUUGAACACAUAUUGAUGAAUGAAAUGCUAUAG